UGCCUGUAAUGGCGCGAUGACAAAAAAGAAGAUGAGCAAGAUGACCGUGGGGUGGGGGGGGGUCGGGGGGGGGGUGGAAGGAGGAUGAUGAACGAGAGGAGUAGUAGAAGGAAGAAGGAGAAGAACAGGGGGAGAGGGGGGAGGACGAGGAGGACGGCGACGAUGAGGAUCAAGAAAAAGAAGAAGAGGACGAGGAGAACCGGGAUGUGAGAGAUAUCACGGAGGAGGAGGAAGAGGAGGAGCACAAAGGAGAGAGUUGUGUAGGAGGAGGAGGAGGAGCAGGAGGAGAGAUAUGGUGGACGAGAAGGAGGAGGAAGAAGAGGAGGAGGAGGAAUAGGAAAAAGGACAAGUGGAGGAGGACGACCACGAUGAGGAAGAAGAAGAAGAGGACGAGGAGGACCGGGAUGUGAGAGAUAUGGCGGCACAGGAGGAAGAGGAGGAGCAAGAGCAGAGAGAGAUGGCGGAGGAGGAGGAGGAGCAGGAGGAGAGAGAUAUGACGGACAUGGCGAACAAGAAGGAGGAAGAGGAGGAGGAGGAGGACGAAGGAGAAGAGGAGGAGGAGGAGGAGGAGGAGGAGGAGGAGGAGGAGGAGGAGGAGGACGAAGGAGAAGAGGAGGAGGAGGAGGAGGAUGUCGAAGUUCAUUAUGACGAGCCGACCGAGGAACACGAGGAGGAGGAGGAGGACUUAAGGAGGAGAAGGACAAGAAGAGGAGGAGGAAGGAGAAUAGGUGGAAAGGAAAAGGAUGAGGUGGGGAGAUAUGGCCGAGAAGGACGAGGAGGAGGAGAUAUGGCGGCGGCGGCGGUGGAGGAGGAGGAGGACGACAGAGAUAUGGCGCCGGGGGAGGAGGAGGAGAGAGAUAUGGCGACGACGGAGGAGGAGGACGAGGAGGACACAUAUGGCAGAGAAAGAGGAGGAGGAAAAGGAGGAGGAGGAGGAGGAGAGAAGAAGAAAACGACGAAAGGAGGAGAAGGAGGAGGAGGAGGAGGAGGAGAAGGAGAGGAAAAAUAUGAAAGGAGGAAGAAGCAGCCGUGCGACGAUGACAGAACUCGGGGAGGAGGAGACAGAGGAGGAGGAGGAGAGAAGAAGAAGACGACGAGAGGAGGAGGAGGAGGAGGAGAGAAGAAGAAGACGAUGAAAGGAGGAGGAGGAGGAGGAGGAGGAGGAGAGAAGAAGAAGAACACGAAAGGAGGAGGAGGAAAAAACUCACUAUGUCCGAGUUUGUCACGCUGCCAAAAAAAAGAAAAUGUGCCACGUGGCACCAUUUUAGAGGACGAGGAGGGGGAGGAGGGGGAGGAGUAGGAAGAAGAAGAGGAGGAGGAGGACAAGUACAAGGAGGAGACAAAGGACGAAGAGGAGGAUUGGGCGGGCGCUCAGGGGACAUCUCUCUCUCUUACCUCGAGUGCUGAUGUGGUGAUAGCUCCUCCCGGUGAUGGUGGUGACACCACGGCGUCUCCAAGCAACGGCAGCGAUGGGGGUCCAGGCGCGAGCAGCAACGGUC